AUGUUGAAGUCUCGCCUUAGCAUAUUCACUACCCGCUCUCGUCGUUUGGUCUUCCCAACAACCCAAAGUUUGACGAUCUCAUCAUCCUCAUCAUCCACCAGCACCACCAAAAGAACGAUCAACUCAGAUUCACUCUUUGCACUCAAUUUGCAAUGCAAGGUUCGACCUGAAAUUCGCAACGAAUGGCUGAAACAAAUUCAAGAGGAUCAAUUAUGCUCCCGUCGUGACGAGCCAGACUGUCUGCAGUUUGUUCUUGGUCAAGGAGUGGAUGACGAGAAUGCCUUUUACUUGUUUGAAUUGUACAGAAACAAAGAGGCGUUUCAGCAUCAUGGUCAAACGCCCCACUUCCAAAUCUACAAUAACUUUAUCGAAAGCAGCCAACCCUACAUCGGUGAGCCUGAAGUAUGCUUUUAUCAUCCCUUGGAGGAAACUGACUCCACAACCAAACGAUCCAUUCAAAAGAAUAGCUUCGGCUUGAACGUAAAUUUGUAUCCGAAAGCAAGCGUCCGAAAUGAUUUCCUCAAGGCCAUUUCCGACAACAAAAAAGGUACCGAUACCACUGAGCCACUAGCCUUGCAGUAUUUCUAUGGGGAAGCCACAAACGCUCCAGGUCAACCAGAACUAGAUGGUGACACUACUACUAGUACUAGUACUAGUACUACUAGUACUAGUACUAGUACUACUAGUACUAGUACUACUAGUACCAAACCCUUUUAUCUGCACGAACAAUACUCGGGCGACAACCAUGGCAAGGAAGGCUUUGAUGCGCAUGCGAGUUCUCCCCACUUUGCAGCCUGGGAAGACUUUGUGGCAACCGAUCCUUUUGAAAAGGCUCCCGAAGUAUUCUUUUUUCGUAUUCUAGAACCAUAA